AUGGUACAGAGACCAGCCAUGAGUCCUAAACCGAACACCACACCAAACCAGUGGACUCCCUUGGCUGCACCGACUCCCCAAAGGAUAAGUGCUGCCGGGCCCAGAAUCAUGUUCGUCACCCAAAAUCAGGGCCUCGGUACCGUUCAAAACAGAAUACCAGAAAAGCGCAGCUCCGUACAGGAAACCUGCAUAGAGAACACCUGGAAACUGAGCCAUCAAAAAGAUAGCCUUGAUUUCGUCCCACAGGUGAUUUUCUGGUCUCAUUCCGGACGUGACAGAAAGUUUCUGCCAGAAAGUCUUGAUCGGUGGGUACUCGACCUGCUCGUCAAUAAGAGCGGCCUGGUUACCGAUCUCGUUGCUGGUGACCACCAUCAAAGUGUCUGGGUUCUUUUCGUCCAGUCUCUUUUCGCCGCGGCUGGUGAUGGCUGCAACGAUGCUUCCCGUUUCAUCACGUCUAACUCUGAGUUUUCUAGUAUAGUUGGUCUCUUCCAUGAAAAGAGCUAA